AUGGCCGAUGCUGUUGAAGCUGGUAAGGUUGCUGCUGCACGGAGAGCCGUUGACGAAAACAUCAAGAAAGGGCAAGUGGUUGGGAUAGGCAGCGGGUCAACAAUUGUUUUUGCUGUUCAGAGAAUUGCUGAGAGGAACAAGAAAGAAGAACUUAACUUGGUUUGUAUCCCAACAUCAUUCCAAGCCAGACAGUUGAUUCACGAGUAUGGACUAACUUUAGGUAAUCUAGAAACAUCACCAGAAAUUGACAUUGCUAUAGACGGAGCUGAUGAAGUUGAUGAUGAUAUCAAUUUAAUCAAAGGAGGAGGAGGCUGCCUCAUGCAGGAGAAGAUCAUCGCAUCUUGUUCCAAGAAGUUCUUUGUCAUAGCAGAUACCAGGAAAAACUCCAGGGUCCUUGGCACUACCUGGAGAAAGGGUGUUCCAAUUGAGGUUCUUCCAAUGGCAUACAAACCAGUGCAGCUGAAGAUUAACCAGCUCCUCGGGGGAAAUGCUGUGCUACGAAUGGCCUCCAAAAAAGCUGGUCCGGUCAUCACAGACAAUGGUAACUUUCUGAUAGAUUGGGAGUUUGAAGGGGCGCAGGACUGGAUGGCUGUGGAGAGGGUUCUACAGAAUGUUCCGGGUGUGAUUGAGACAGGACUGUUUCUGAACAUGACCCAUGUUGCUUAUUUUGGAUCCCCUGAUGGGCAAGUGCUGGUUCGGACCAGAAAGAAUUAG